AUGGCCAUUUUGUUGGAAAUUGACGAGGAGUCUAGAUCAUUCAUAAAUGUUCGUCGUAGCCAAAUAUGGGUCGACUCUUGUCGUCAUUUAAACAAGAAGAAAUUCAAUCCAAAAGCUGCAGUGUCAAUUAAAUUUGCUGAUAGCCAUGGAGGCAAUGAGGGUGCUGUAGAUGCAGGAGGACCGCGCAGAGAAUACUUUAGGCUAUUGCUCCGCGCUGUGAAUCUUGAAGCUGGGAUAUUUUGUGGUCCUGAGGACAAUCGCGUUCUUUUCAAAAAUGCCACGGCUCGAAGUAAGGGAUAUUACAUUCUUGCAGGAAAAAUUAUUGCCUGGUCGCUUGUGCAAGGUGGACCUGCAGCGAAUUUCUUCAGCAGGUCGCUGUAUAACGCUAUUGCAUUUAAUGGAAAUUGCAGACAAACAUGUAUGGAAGAUAUUGCAGACAUAGAACUUCGUGAAAAACUUACCCUGAUUAGUGAUGCCAGUAGUAUUGAUGACAUCAACAAAAUACUUGAAGACAACGUUUUAAAGAACAUGUUAGAAGCCCAAGGAGCUCUUCCUUUUGUGUCAGAUGUAAAUGAGAAAACCCAAAUCUGUACGUUGUUGGUCCAACAUGCUCUAUUGGAUUCUGUGCAGUUUCUUCUCAAUGAGCUUAAAGAAGGACUUGAAACAUUUGGCGUUUUGGAAUCGAUUCAACGAUAUCCUGAAAAAUUUAGAGAAGUAUUUUUCAUGGGCGAAAUGAGUAAAUUAGAUGCGCAACUGGUUGAUCUUCUGUUCAUUCCUAAUUACGACGAAGAAGGAUCAAAUAUUCGAUUUUCACAAGAAGAGGCUGUUGUAUAUUUUCGAGAUUACUUACAGGAUUGCAUGGAUGGGGACGCCGAGGCAAGCCUGACUCAAGUAUUUAUUUUUGCAACUGGGGCAUACUGCCCACCUCCUCUUGGAUUCGACAAUGAGCCUUCCCUUGAAUUCACAGAAGGAAAAUUUCCGAAAGCAAAUACAUGUGUUCCGGUUCUUUAUUUACCGUUAGGACACAGCGAGUAUUCCACAUUCAAGACAAGCUUUGAUUUUGGAGUAUUAAAUUCGCCCCGUUUUGGGAAAGCUUGA